AGCCAAUGGAAAGCCCUUCAGACUGUAUAGUAGAGGCUGAAGUCGACUCAUUUUUUCCAACAGCUUCAGGCUCCAAAGGAGCGCCACUGCAAACACUCACGCUGCUGUUUCCUACGAGGACUGAGCUGGCUUUGGACUUGAUAAAUCACAGUGAGCCGACAUCAGCAGGUGAUAUGACCUCUAAAAUCAUCACUGACCGUGAAAACAUUACACCGCUUCCUCCAGACUCUGUGACUCUGUGGCUUGUAUUUUCAAUGAAAUGUCCGGAGGACUUUUAAACACUGAGAAACGUUUAGAGAUGCUCUGGUGGACAGCCGGCAGGGCCUGGCUCUGCUUCUCCUGCUGCCUCCUGCUGGGUGCCUGCUCCCAACCAGAGGACGGAGGACCAGAAGUGGUCGUGGAACAAGUGUCAGGAGAACCUGGCUUCGAGGAUUGGGAAAUGGGUUCUGGAUCUUCUCUGCUGCAUCUCUUCAGCCACUUCCCUGCUGACAGCUCCUUUGUUAAGGAGUCCCCAAAAGAACCAGUCAAUUGCACGCAGCGCUUCUGGUUGCCACCUUCCUCUCCGGUCUGCUGGGAAACUGUAGCAGAACCGGAGGAGUUCGCCAGGUCCCGUCUACUUGUUCUGCAGAACAGGGCCGCACUGCAGGCGGUGUCUGACCUGAGCGGGGUGGAGGAAGCAGGGGUUUCCUACAGCCACCAAGCCAGAGAGGAGGUCCAGGGCGUCCUGUCAGACCACCAGAAGGCGACGGAGAUAAUGCAAACCAUGGAGAAUGUCUUUGUCUCACUGGUGGAGAAGAGGAAAGAAGGGAAGGAGGAGGGCAUUCUUACUAGCAUAAGGGAGCAUCUUACCAACACAAGGGAGGCGAUGGAAGGAAAAGAGCUCCUGGCAAACAACCUGGAGAGCCGCUUUUCUACUUUAGAGAAGACUCUGCUCAACAUACACCUUCGACUCAACAAACUCAUUCGACAAUGAUAACAAUCAAAGCAUCCUCCAAGAGCCUCUGCUACAAGAGUUUAAAUGGUGCAUGCAUAAUAAAUUCCGAUGUCUACAAAGGAAAUUUAAAUUGUUAGCAAAAGAACAGAAAAAAGUACAAACCCACGACCUGAACACAUGUGGCCGUUCCAGUUUACGACUCCGAAUGAUCCGUACAGGCAUUUUACAGUCGUAUAAAACACCUUGUAGAACUCUAGUAUACUGAGGUCUGCAUCAGAAUAAGAGACUGGUCAAACUUGAGGGAUUGUAGUUUUUGUCUGUUUAUAUAGACAUUAAGGUUUCCCAGCACAGCAUUGACAUGUAUUUUAAUCUAAAAUCUAAACAAUAAAUUCAUUACCAAAUAAAAAGGAAGCAUUCUGAUGUGUCAGACGUUUAAGAAAUAUUGAAUUAUUUAGACUAAUGGCAGAUGUUCAAAGGUCUUGCUUGCAAAUAGAGGUACAUUUUUUCAAAGAUAUUGGAAACAUCCAGUAUCAGUAAUCAGAUGUGUGAAGCUAACUGAGAUACCCAUCCUUCAUCUGCAGUCAGUUCUUAUAC